CUGCACCUUCUUCAUCUCUCCCCUUUCCUUCUUCUCCUCUUCUCUCCCAAGUCCCACCUGGAAAUUUGGCCUCAUAAGCACACACGGCGAGAGGAGAGAGACUGAGAGAGGGAGAGAGAAAGAUAGGAAAAAAAACGGGGAGGGGAAAAAGAGAAAUAGAGCAGAGAAGUUUGUGCUGUUGAGAUCAACAAUUGAAUGGUGUGAUAUAAUUUAAGAGAGGGGGAGAUCAUAGAAGAGAAAUUCAGCCGUCAUUCCUCUGUUUUCUCACACGCUCUCUGUGGCGCACUCGCAAAUCAGAAGCCCUCUGGCCUCCGGAAGAAUCAGUCUUUCCUUCAUUCCCAACAUAAAAGAAGACAAAAUAAUUAAAAUAUUUUCUGGAUCUCUCCACGUUUCGCUCUUCGUUCGCCGCCAUGAUCUCCCUCAGCCGAAGCUGUUUUCUGAAUAAGGCGAGCAUCGCAGGCUUGUCCAGCCCCUUGUCAGAUAGGCAGAGAGGAAUUGUCCGUAGAGCUCCUUGCUCGUUGAAAAUCAAGGCCGCGGCGGCGGCGGCUUCCAACCGUGAUCGAAACGGCACCGUAUUGUCAGUCGAGACGGUGGCAAAAGAGACGGCGGAAGCAGAAUCUUUGGUCGAGGAAUCUCAGCCCACCGUCGUUGGUGGAAUUCGGGAUGCGUACGGUGAGGAUACGGCCACGGAGGACCAGCCUGUGACCCCUUGGUCCCUCUCAGUUGCUAGCGGCUACUCAUUGUUGAGAGAUCCUCGUCACAACAAAGGUCUUGCCUUCACUGACAAAGAGCGAGAUGCCCACUACCUGCUUGGUCUUCUCCCGCCGUCAGUUCCUUCUCAGGAACUCCAGGUAAAGAAAUUGAUGCACAUUAUUCGGCAGUAUCAAGUGCCACUACAGAAGUACAUGUAUAUGAUGGAUCUCCAGGAAAGAAAUGAGCGCCUGUUCUACAAGCUUCUCAUUGACCAUGUCGAGGAGAUGCUCCCAAUUGUCUACACGCCGACUGUGGGAGAAGCUUGUCAGAAAUAUGGUAGCAUCUUUAGCCGUCCUCAGGGUCUUUACAUCAGCUUGAAAGAGAAGGGUAGGAUCCUCGAGGUUCUAAGGAACUGGCCUGAGAAGAAUAUUCAAGUUAUUGUUGUCACUGAUGGUCAACGGAUUUUAGGGCUGGGGGACCUUGGAUGCCAGGGAAUGGGAAUACCAGUUGGUAAGCUCUCACUAUAUACCGCUCUAGGUGGAGUUCGUCCUUCAGCUUGCUUGCCGAUCACUAUUGACGUGGGUACGAACAAUGAGAAAUUGUUGGAUGAUGAGUUCUACAUAGGGCUCAGGCAAAGACGGGCAACUGGACAGGAAUAUGCUGAAUUGCUACAUGAAUUCAUGACGGCAGUGAAGCAGAACUAUGGUGAGAGAGUCCUCGUUCAGUUUGAAGACUUUGCCAAUCACAAUGCAUUUGAUCUUCUGGCAAAAUAUGGUACAACACAUCUUGUAUUCAAUGAUGACAUUCAGGGCACAGCAUCUGUGGUCCUUUCUGGGCUCAUGGCAGCAUUGAAAUUGCUUGGUGGAACUUUAGCUGAUCACAGAUUCCUAUUCCUUGGGGCUGGAGAGGCUGGAACUGGAAUUGCAGAACUGAUUGCCCUUGAGAUAUCCAAACAGACACAAAUGCCACUAGACGAGGCUCGUAAGAAUAUUUGGCUUGUGGACUCAAAGGGUUUGAUUGUAGAAUCCCGCAGGGAGUCACUGCAGCACUUCAAGAAACCAUGGGCUCAUGACCACGAGCCUAUCGAAACACUUCUUGAAGCUGUUAACGAUAUUAAGCCAACGGUAUUGAUUGGAACGUCCGGAGUAGGUAGAACGUUCACUCAAGAAGUGGUUGAGGCCAUGGCCACCUAUAACGAGGUAGGAAUAACUUUCAGGUUUUUUGGUUGGUGUAUUUGAGAAAGUGUUAUUGCAAAUAGACACUAGUCGGACGAAUAUAUAGUUUUCUAUCGACACUUUUGAAGCUCUGCAUUUGAAAUUACACCUGCAACCUCAAAAAAUCAAAAUGAUGAAUACUAACUCAUUAUUUUUGUUUGCUUCAUGCAGAAACCUCUGAUUCUUGCACUCUCCAAUCCCACCUCACAGUCCGAGUGCACAGCUGAACAAGCAUAUACAUGGACAAAGGCAAACAAUGCAUACAUUUUCCCUGGAUUGGGUCUAGGCUUGAUCAUGUCUGGUACAAUCCGCGUUCAUGAUGAUAUGCUUCUUGCAGCAUCGGAAGCUUUGGCUGCUCAGGUUACUCAAGAAAACCUGGAUAACGGACUGAUAUACCCACCCUUCACAAACAUUAGGAAGAUCUCGGCUCAAAUUGCUGCCAAGGUGGCUGCCAAGGCUUAUGAACUUGGUUUGGCAACGCGACUUCCACGACCGAAGGAUCUGGUGGCGUAUGCUGAGAGCUGUAUGUACAGCCCAUCUUACAGAAACUACCGGUGAAAGGAUGAGUUCUCAACAGAAGAAGCAGUAGCGAGGGCAGUCUAGUUGGAUCUCUAUUUUUUGUUAUGUCUCUCAUUCAAGUUGGUUAACUUAGUGAUUAAAAAAAGGUUUACUUUUGAUCAUAAAGGGGAAAUGUCAGAUGGUGGGUUUUGCCCUUUUUUUCUUGUUCGUUUUUGGUUAAUUUUAUUGUUGCUUUGAUCAUAACAUCUGCAGAUUUGGUUGGGUAGGAAGGAAGAGAGAACAAGGGAAGACCUUUAAGAUAGGUGGUAGUAGUUGGUCAAUUUAGCCUUCACCAAGUUUGUUCUUUUGAUUUGUGAGACUUCAUAGUGCAUAGGAACAUAAUUUUUUUAUAGAAAAAGAGUGGUUGGGUGAGCUUAUUAAUACAUCAAAUUUGAAAUUCAAAAUUUUCUUUUUAUUCUAACUCCUUUCGACUCAUGAUUGGUCAA